AUGAACAAACCAAGAAGGGCAAAGAAAGAAGCUCUUUCCUCCCACAACUAUGAUAAGAAUCACAAUCAUGAAAGAAUGGAGAAUGUUCAUUCGGAACGUUCCGAUAUUUCAACCAAUUCCAAGGAAUCAUCAUCGUCGUUGCCAAGAUCAUCCACUUCUUCAAAAUUUUCUUCCAUUCUGAUUGCUGUAUUACCGACAUUAUUAACUUCCGUUAUGGAUCUCUAUAUUGAUAUGCACUUGACGAAAUAUUAUUUAGAAGAUAUUUGUUCCGAUAAUUCCAAUCAUGAUCAGCCAUAUUCUUUGCAAUGUAUUUCUCCAUCCCGAUUUGGAUUAAUUCAUUCCUUGAUCCGAUCUCUGAGUUUAUUUACUGAUUUUUUCAGUGCAACCAUCAUUGAUAGCCAUUUACCGUUUCAACAACCGACCUUAUUAAUAGUGUUGGCACCACUGUAUUGGUUCAGUAUUUGUGCCUUAUUCAUGGGUCCUUCAAUGAUUCACAAGUAUUCAAACCAUGAAAAUAUGACAAGGUGGCUAUUUUCAACCGAUGUAUGGUAUACACUAUGUUCCUUAAUGAAGAAUAUGAUUCCGUUACGAGUGUUGUAUGAUUCAAGCAUGAUGAGAAUGUGUAAAACUUGGAAUGUGAAAGAUCGAGCCGAUUUAUUUUCUUUCAAACAUCAAGCCUCCUUGUAUGGAGGAUUGUUGGGUGGAUUUUUACCACCGCUAGUGACGUGGUUAAUGGGAGAUGGGCCAGUCUUUCCACAGUUUUAUGUAUUAUUUGGAUCAUGCAUGGUUAUUUUGUCCUAUGUGGUCAUGGGAAUGUUCUUGAGAAGAAAACAAACCAUGAUGAUGGAAAGCGGUCAUGAAAAUUCUCCAGAAAAAAAGAAAAAUCCUUCAUGGAUUCCUUCGUUGAGAAAGUGUUUUGAAAAUAGAGCAUUUUUGGUCUUGCUCUAUUUAUUUACUUAUGAGACAUUGAGAGGAUUGUUGUGGAAUGGUCUUUAUAUUUUGUAUUUAACCAAAGUGUUACAUCUUGAAGGUUCAGAAUUUGAUUUCUAUUCUGGAGUCAUGCAUACGGCAGGUAUGGUAGGAGCCAUGGUGUUCACUCCAGUGUGGCAAUUGAUUGCUUCAAAAUAUGGAAAUUAUAAUUCUUGGCUCUUUUCAUACAUGUUACAAAUACCCAUUGGUGUGUUUGUUUAUUUGGUAAUUGAUUAUUCUGAGACAACCUCUCAAAUUUAUUGGUAUUUGCCAUUUUUCAUGCUGCUGACAAUUACGGGAAGGGCCAGUGGCUUCUUGUUGGAUGGUAUUAAGAGUACAGUAUUUGAUUAUGACGAAUUGAGAACUGGAGAGAGACGAGAAGCUUCUAUUGAGGCAACUUGGUCAGUCAUUCCACGAUAUGUGGACAUGCUUUCGAGCUCUGUUUCUUUCGGAAUUUUAUCGUAUUUCAACACGUAUGGCAUGACACCAGGUCAAAUUGCAGCUUUGAAAAACGGAGAAUAUACAAUUAAUGGGAAACGAUCAAUAUCUGUACAAGCAGCACUUCUCCCCUCCCUUACUUCCAUUAUUUGCCUAUUAUUAAUGUACAAAUUUCCCAUUAAUGAUGAAAUGCAUUCGAAAAUACUUGAAGAGCUCAAGAAGAAGCGAGAGAGUAACAUCAACAGUCAACCUUCUGAAAUUAUUUUGGAUCCAAUUACCAACGAGAAAAUUCGAAACGAUCGAGAGGCACAUCACUUGGAUGCAAGCGCAAAACGAGAGCUCUCGCUAGCCAAAGACUACUUUUUUUCCUUUGAGCUUGAAAACAUGAAGAGAAGCAGCUUCUAUUUGAGACAUGCUUGGCACAUUGAGAUUGCACUUUGCACACUGUUGUUUGCAUGUUGUUUGACAUUUGGAUAUCACUUUGUCACGUCAGUUUUGUUGGGCAGAGACAUGUUUGCAACAUUAUUUUUGUGGUUAAGCUCCGUGACAUUCACUUGGAGUGGUUUUCACUUUAGCAGAAUUGGUAUUGCAAGAAAAAUUGUGAAAUAA